AUGGGUACCCCCUCACCUCCACCGAACCCCGUCACGCAAGUUUCUGCUCCAACGAAAAAGUUCAAAUGUGACACAUGCCAGCGCCAGUUCAGCCGCCGCGAGCAUCUGCAGCGACAUGAGAGUACACAGCAAGCCUCGCAAAUUCCAGUUGACGCGAUUUGUGCGCCAUCGGUGCUCGCCUCUCAGGAAGAGCCGCCUGGUUUGCCGUACACUAAUGAUAUUGUGCACCCACCAACUUCCUUGUCUUUUCUGGGUAUAGAAGAAAGUUCCCAGUCUUUCGGAUUGAACUACCUGGAUAACGUCUACCUACCCCCUUGCUACAACCAACCAGCAUUCUACCCCGACUUGAAUAUCGAGUCUUUUAUCUCUCCCGUCGAUGUUGGGGACUUUCAUUUUGACCACCCCACUACGACUAAACAACCACCAACUGACUUUUCCCACGGCGAGACUCAUUCACUGGCACCAAGACCUACCAUUGAGCGCAGCAACUUGUACGUUGCCUCAUUUGCACGUGUCUCACAGGAGAAUUGGCAGUGGCUGUCUGUCCAAGUUUCCAAAUUUGCGGACGUUCUACCGGCAGACUAUGAGCUACCUUCUCGACACGCAAUUUCACGAUAUAUGUUUGGUUUCUUAACUGGUUUUCAUCCGCACUUUCCUAUCAUCCACACACCCACCCUUCUCUUUCAGGAAAUGGCCCCCGAGCUCAUCCUUGCCCUGGCAGCUGUUGGGAGUAACUAUUGUCUGGAAUUGCACCAAGGAGUGAAGAUUUUUUCCAUUGCAAAGUCGAUUGCCAUGGAAAGAAUACGUUGCCGAGAAAUCUCCAUUCAGUCUCAAUCUCCGCUUUAUAAUCCAACGCGAGCGUCCAACCAAUCUCCAAACACGAUUUGCAAUCCGGGCCAAUCCAGCUUCGAUGGGGUCAAUAUGGAUAAUGGCGUUCCUAGCCAUCAGGCUCAUCAUGGAGACCUAGAAACGAUCCAAUCAUUAUUUUUCCUCAUGGCGAUGGCGACCUGGGGUGGCGAGCAACGAUCUUUAGUGAGACAAGCCAUAUCAACACAAAGUGUUCUUGCAAUGCUUGUACGUCAGCAUGGCCUCUCAGAACCCACUGAAAUGCCUUUAACGUGGCAUAAAUGGGCGCGAGCAGAAAGUGCGCGCCGUACGAAGCUUGUCAUUUACUGCUUUUUCAAUCUUCACACUAUAGCCUUCAACAUACCUUCGCCGAUGUUGGUGACCGAUUUCCAGCUAAGAAUUCCAUGUGCCGAGUUUGAAUGGGAGGCAUCUAAUGCUACAAGGUGGAAAGCAGCAAACGAAAAGUCAUCCAAGGCCCCACUGUUCCAAGAUUGUCUCACAGGAUUACUUUCGCAAACCGCAUCUGCGCCCAUGUAUUCUUCUCUCGGUGGCCAUGUUUUAAUCAGCGCCCUACUGCAACGUAUCAUUUCUAUACAACAGUCGAUCAGGCUAGAAGGAAUGGAAAGCGAACCUUUCCCUGAGCUUUCUAAGUCACUUCGACGAGCCUUGCAGAAAUGGCAGAGUGGCUGGGAGCAAAAUCCUGAAUCAUCUUAUAGCCCACUUGACAAUUUUGGCCCUAUUGCUUUCAACUCAAGGGCUCUUUACCAUCUAGCCCAUGUUCGUCUCGCGAUAGAUAUUGGCCCGGCUCGUUCCAUAUUGGAGCCCACCCCUACCUUGAUCGCACAUAGAUUAUAUGAAGCACCGAGACUACAGAGAAGUCCUCGGCUUCUUCUCGCUGCGAAGCACGCGGCCGCUGCUUUGUGCUCACCCGUCCAAAUGGGUGUUCAUUUUGUUGGACGCGCACCAAGUUGGUCUGUCAUGCAUGCGAUUUGGACCCUCCACUAG